AUGCAGUAUCGGUACUCGGGGAGUCUGAGUAACCAGGGCCUGUGGAGGUUCUGUGUGGCCGGGAAAUGCCACGCUCAUACCAUCACUGUCGCCUUCUGGGAUGCCACCCGUGCAUUCAUGCUGCUGUCUAUUCUGUCCAGUUUUGCUGGAAUAAUCCUGGGCCUUACAGCUUUCUCCAGUGGGGCCAAAUCUGCUAGAACCCGCUCUGCAGGAGUCACAUUACUGGUUGCAGGCUUCUUCGCUCUCCUGGCCUUGUCCGUAUACACAGGGGUGACAGUGAACUUCUUCGGGAAACGCUACGCGGAUUGGCGAUUUUCCUGGUCGUAUAUUCUGGGCUGGAUUGGAAUUAUUCUUACUGUGUCAGCAGGUAUGAGAAAUGUCAUCUUCCAUAUUCUAGAGAGGAAUGUUGCCUCCAGAAUGCUCCUCACAUUGUCCACUGAUGGGAGAACCUGGUCUGACCUUUCCUUCUAG